AUGGCUUUAAGUCCAAUGUGGACAGGGAUGAUCCUGCUUGGGUCCCUAAAGAAUCAACUUCAGAAUUCUGCUCCACCUCUGUCAAAAAUUCCUGUGCAGUUCGAUUUCCAAGCAACGAAGUUCCAAGGGAAAUGGUACGUCAUCGGCCUGGCAGGGAGGAACAUCAAGACUGAAGGUCUGGGCCACAAUAAGAUGUAUGCCACUAUAUACCAGCUACAAGCAGACCACAGCUACAGAGUCAUCUCCAAUCUGAUCAAGGGUGAGUCUUGUGAUAUUGGGUUCAGGACUUUUGUCCCAAAGGGUAAACGAGGUCAAUUUGCCUUGGACAACUUCAAAGGUAAGUGUGGGGACCUAUCACUCAGACAAGUUGCUCAGGUGGAGGGAUCCUGCCAGGAGACUGAUAAAAGGACAAUGGCCCAACAGCAUCUUCUGCCUUGGGUUGGGGUUGAGGACUCUGGUGUCGUCCUCCCCCUCUGA